CUUUAACAAAUAAAAAUAAACAUCGUUGGAGGGGAAAUAGUCAUCAAUUAGACAAAAGAAAACAAAAACGAAGACUGUGUCAAUCAAAUUACGCAAUCAUCGGUGUACACUGAAACCACUCGUCUCUUCAAAUUUCUACAGACAAUAAUACUUCACGUUAAAAAUUAAUCAAAUCUUGUUUGACUUCUAUAACACAAUCAUUCAAUAAAGGGAGAGAAGAAAAAAAUCAAAUAAAAAAAAAGUUGAGCUGAAAACAAAUCCGAUUCUUCGUUCUCUGCGAAUCCGAAUCAUCGAUGGUGGAUCCGAAGCGUGGCCAUAGGUUUUUCAAAUUCAGAAUUGUCUAAGUGCUCUCGCGAAAACCCCACUCUUUUGCAAACUCUUCUCUUUCAAAUUCUCUUCCACCCUUUUGCUGUGUUUUAUUUUCCCAUAUAACUUUCCCGAGAAAACGGACGAACUUUCUUUCUUCACACCCACUUUUUCCGCACUUUGAUCGGCUGCAACCACAUAUUCUCUCAUUUCACCUUUUCCCACCAAACUUCUUUUUUAAUUUUAAUCUUUUUUCUUUUCUUUUUUCGCUGGGUCUCCUUUUUUGAAUGAAGGUCCGUAAGGGAAGAAGACAGAUGAUUGCGAAAGAGCACGAAUACAAAAUACGACAUCAAGGCGUUGUUGUAGAAAUGGCCUGGGUUUUGCUCUGCGUUGAUUAUUCCAGGCUCUUUUGGUUGCUCUUCGGCGUCUUCUCCUACGAGAAUCACGAAGGAAAACCUAGGAUUUUCUAGCACCCUUCUCCCUCUCUCUUCCUCUCCUUCUCUUCUUCUCUCUCAAUCUCUUGUUUGUCCCCAAUUUUUUUUUUCUCUGCUUCGCGAUCUUGUUUUUCCCUAAUUUCGAAUUUUCUUCUUUCCGCUUUCGUAUAAUUUUCGUCGAUUCUGAUAGAUCCGUCAUGUACAUGGAGAUUUCUUCUGGCGGAGCUUCCAGUGAAUCGACCCCUUACGUCGAGACUGAUCCUUCCGGUCGCUAUGGGCGUUUUAGAGAAGUACUAGGCAAAGGAGCAAUGAAGACGGUUUACAAAGCGUUUGACCAGGUUCUUGGCAUGGAAGUCGCGUGGAAUCAGGUUAAGCUCAAUGAGAUCUUCCGAUCACCUGAGCCUUUGCAACGCCUCUACUCCGAGGUUCAUCUCCUCAAGAAUCUCAAUCACGAGUCUAUUAUCAGAUACUGCACAUCUUGGAUCGACGUGAACCGCAGAACGUUCAACUUCAUCACCGAGCUCUUCACAUCAGGCACCCUUAGAGAGUAUCGGAGGAAGUAUCAAAAGGUUGAUAUCCGGGCGAUCAAGAGCUGGGCACGUCAGAUCUUGAAUGGUCUUGCUUACUUGCACGGACACGAUCCUCCUGUCAUUCACAGAGACCUCAAAUGCGAUAAUAUCUUCGUUAAUGGUCACUUGGGGCAAGUCAAGAUUGGUGACUUGGGCUUAGCUGCGAUUCUCCGUGGAUCACAGCACGCGCACAGCGUCAUAGGAACGCCUGAGUUCAUGGCACCAGAGCUAUAUGAAGAAGACUACAACGAGCUCGUGGACAUUUAUUCAUUCGGAAUGUGCGUCCUAGAGAUGCUUACCGGUGAGUACCCUUACAGUGAAUGCUCCAACCCUGCUCAAAUAUACAAGAAAGUUACAUCGGGGAAGUUGCCUGAAUCUUUCCAUCUCAUCCAAAACAUGGAGGCACAACGUUUCGUUGGUAAAUGCCUUGAAACUGUUUCAAAGAGAUUGUCUGCGAAGGAGCUCUUGGGGGACCCAUUCCUCGCUAUAACUGAUGAGAGGGAUUUAGCGCCUCUUUAUAGAUUGCCGCCACAGCUUGCGAUUCAGAAUUUGGCUGCAAAUGGAACGGUGGUGGAGCAUCUGCCUCCAACGACUGAUCCAACUAGAACGACGGAUAUGUCGAUAACAGGAAGGAUGAACUCAGAAGACCACACCAUCUUUCUCCAAGUACAGAUUUCAGAUGAAGAGGGUCACAUGAGGAACAUCCACUUCCCGUUCAGCAUUGUAAGCGACACAGCUCUUGAAGUAGCUUUGGAGAUGGUGAAGGAGCUUGAGAUCACUGAUUGGGAUCCUUUGGAGAUCGCUGCAAUGAUAGAAAAUGAGAUAUCUUUGCUCGUACCAAACUGGAGAGCCCAUGACUCUUCUCACCGGCACCACAGCUUUGGUUAUGAAGAUGAUGAUGACGACAAUGGCGAGGGAGGAGGAGGAGGAAGAACACACCCUUUCUCCUCUGCCUCUUCCUCUCACGACUCUCCUCUAGCAGUUAGAGACUACGACAACAACAACGGUUUUAGUAACGAUAUGAUCCGAGGUAACGAUGGUGGAGGCAGUAGAAGCUCUUGGGUGAGUUCUUCAACAUACCACUACUCUCCUGCCAUGGAUGACGGUGAUCAAAGUCCGCAACAUAGGAGACGCUUAAGGCUACAGAAAAUGAGAUCGCUAGUGGACACGAGAACGCAGGUGCUGCACCGAUCGCUCAUGGAGUUGAUCAACAGGCGGCGUGGGCGUGGGCGUGGGCGUGGUCUCAACACGAACGUGAACGAGCUACGGCAUCAACCUUCCACUGAGUUCUUUAGACGAUCUUGAGAAAAAAACGGAUGAGAGAGGGUCUUUGUGACUCUUUCAUGAUAAAGACAGGAUCUUCAUAUUGGUCUAGGCAUUUUGCUUUAAUGAUUAUCAGAUAAUUGUUUAGAGUCAUUUGCAUAUAAUCCCAUACGGACGUUUUACCUUUAGUUCGAUUCCGAUUUGAGAAUGCUGCAAAACCGGACGGAUAAAUUCCUUUGCAUAGUCUCAUACUAAAGUUAUUGUGAAAACCAUCCCUAUUUGCUUCUUUUUUCAAAAUGUAUUUUUUCCCCCAUAACCUCUGAAACGCGAAUAUAUGUGAAACUUAUGCAUGAUCAAAA